AUGACCAUACAAGACUUGCAAGAGCUCGGCCAACUGCCCACCAUUGUCGCCUCGCAUGGUGAUGCACCCACUGUCAUUACCAAAGCAACAAGUCGAAUUCACCAAUGCAAUGACACGGAGGACAUGGACCAACUAGUCAGCUUACUGGAGACCCGUUCAAAAGCGUUGGCACUAUGCGCUUCGUUUGACGCAGCUUUACGUGACGCAGCCAUCAUUCAGUCGUUGGACACGUCGUCUGCUAUCGGCUACCAGUGUGCUGGGGAUGUUUAUGUGCAACAAGGACGACAGCUUGCAGCCAUCAAUGAAUACACUAAAGGACUUGAGAAUAUGGCCGUUCCUCAUCCACAGCUGGAGAGAUCAAUACGUGUAGCCAAGAAGCAUUUGAGCAAAAAGAUGGAUCUCGUUAGCUUAUUACCUGAAGAAGUGGUGGUGAUCAACAUCAUACCGAGAGUGAUGGGAGACGGGCCAUUGUAUUCAUCCAAACCAUGUCCUUAUUUGCAUGUGUGCCGCGUAUGGCGAGAACGAGUCCUUCAAUACGAUUGCCUUUCUUUCAAAAUAUCAAACGGCAAUAAAGAAAGCGACGUUGCACAUGAAAUCCAACAACAUGCUGAGGUUAUUCGUUUUGCACCUUUUAUUGAAUCGUUGCACGUGGGUCAGAAGCAUGGAAAGGGACCAUGGCAUAUUCUUUCACAAGCGAACUUUUGCUCUUUAAGAAAGCUAUACAUCAAAGGUGACGCAUUUGAUUGGCAUGAUCAAGGACCACUUUCUGCUUUACGAAUGAAUGGUAAUGGGUUGACACAUUUGGAGAUUGACAUAUGGCACGGGAUGACGAUGAGAUUUGAGGAUAUUUUGGAAAUGUGCCCAAACUUGGUAUCAUGCACACUUGGCGGCGGUGUUGCCUUGGAUACGUCGUCUUUAUGCAACCAUGUAUAUCCAAAAUUGGUCCAUCUUGCGAUACGCAAUCUCUACGUUACGCUUCCUCAAGAAAGCCUAGAGGCCAUCUACAAGACAUUCCCUUCGCUGACCAAACUGCUCGCUAAACCUGCUAUUGAUACAAGGCCGCUUGCAUUGAUUCACCAAUAUUGUCCACGGCUGCAAUGGGUUAAUCUUCAAAGUGGCUUCCUCCUCCCUCUUAUUGGACACGUCGAUGGUAUUCGCCAUGCAUUGAUCCUUCAAUUUCGUCGCCAAUGUUAUAUGGAGGAUGUGGUGUCACUUGUCCGUGCUCAUGCUGAACAACUCGAACUACUCAACUUGAUGGUGAGAUCGAUGGCUGAUGAUGUUGCUAUAUCGAUCCAAAAUGAUAUUCAAUUUCCUCAAUUGGUUCAACUGGCUCUCCAUACCACUGAGCACCACCAUGCUGGAUUUUCUACCUGGGUGAUCUCGAAUGCGCCAAAUCUACGUUAUGUCAGGUUGAUAGCUUCAGCCGUUCAAUCAAAAGCCCUGGAUUGCUUAAUCUCCUUGCAACAUUUGAACCGCCUGGAACUCCGUUUCGAACCAGACUCAUGUGACGAGAAUUAUCACCAAGCAUUGGAAAAGCUGUUACAACAUCACGCUCAUCUGGGAGCUAGGUCGAAUUUGGAAAGGCUUUCUUUAUUCAAUGUUCUACCAUCAUCAUCGUCAUCUCCUGACUCUGUGAUUCCAUCAUGGUUAUAUCCUGUCGCCCAUCUCUCUCGCCUGAGAAUAUUUGCAUUGAUGACCCAAUUCGAUAUGGAUGCGAGCUUUGUAUCGUUUAUGGAAGCAUUGGCUACAAAUUGUGCCGCGUUGGAAGAAAUUGAGGUGACAUGCGAUCACGGCUUGGUGGCGGAAGGUGUAUUUUCUCCAUUGCAACGACUCAAGCAUCUCAAGUCUAUUGCCAUUUACUGCAACAGUCUACCGGAACAUGAUGUUCUGCAAUUGCAAAAUUGCCCUGUCUUGGAAUGCCUGUCAAUUGAUAUGCCGGGUAACGCGGUGAGCCAAAGUACAAAAGAUACGCUUUCGGCCAGCAUAAAAGAAGUGUGUAUUACAUGA